GCACCAGAGCAGGUCUACUAAUGCUUCCAAUGCUUCAAUCAUCAUAUCUACCCUGAAUUGAAUAUCCCUAACCAUGUACGCUUCCUCCAGACAACCCAAGAAUCAGCAUUUCAGCUCUACGGAACUGAAGCCUGAAAAGGUGUCCAUCGAUGAAGCGAGCAUACCCGUCACGGAGUCCAAUUCGUCACCUCCCAACACCCGAACCCGACCUGCAAAAGUUACAGUCUAUCGCAUCACAUGCUGCUUUCGUGUGUUCUCAGUCCUUCUGUUUGCUCUCUGCAUCCUCGGAGGAAUUCAGGCAUAUUUUCUCAGCAAGGUAGCAGACUUGCAUGGAUUCUCCAAUCUUGUGGUCACGGAGACACACUACUUUACCGACACUAUGACUGCCACAAGAUUCUUGGCCACCAAGGUGGAGACGAGCACGAAAAUUGUUCAUGUUGCUGCUUCCGUUGCUGGAGAUGGAGGAAGGGAAGAAGAGAAAGAUGAGAAGGAGGGGUCAAAGAUUGAGUUCCGACCAAUCGAGACGAGCAAUGGGAUGAACGUGGGCGGUGCUUCGGUAAAGGUUGAUAGACGGGAUGAGAGAGACGGUACAAAGACAACCGUGCAAACCGUCUACACAGCUUGA